AUGGCCCCGCAAAUCACUCAGGCGCGAGGCGAGGCAUCGGCGUCGCGAAGGCCAAAGCCCAAGGCGCGUGGUCAAAAUGUCCCCGAGCGACUCCAUGAACCGGUGGAUUGCGUCUUGCGCAAAACUUCCGUUGAUUGGGCGCUUCGCAAGAUGGGGUCUUGCCGUGGACCUGAGGAGGAGGUGCCAGCUCCAGAGCAGCCGGAAUUGACAUGCCCGGGGCUGAAGGUUGCGCCCGGCAAGGGUCAGGUGACUCCGGAGGCCAGUGGACAGGAGACCUGUGAAGCCGGUGGGGCAGGCCAGGAGCUGCCCAACAAGUCCCACUUCUUCGUCCAGCUGUCUCCGGCCCCCAGGCGUCAAGCCUACUGCCCCGGAGUCUAUGUGGAGAAGGAUUCGUCUUCAACUCCGGCACAACCUGCCGACCCUGAAGCACAGAGAAGUCCGAAUUCCACGGGCGCCGCGGAGAAGGUUGCACAGAUGCGCUCCCGCAUCAAGGUCAUCAAGGAGCUGCGGACCCAGAGUGCGGACCAGCCAGAGGUGCCGGCGACACGGGCACUCGCUCCGGCCAAGUCCACUGCCCAACCCCAGGAGAGGCUGGCGUCCAUCUUGAACUUUUUGGAAGAGGUUGAGGAAUCCUCGAAGGCGGAUAUGUCUUCGCUCGUCUCGUCAGCGCGAUCAUCGAGAACUGCAGGAAAUUGGGAUGAUGACGUGGACCUGGCAGACAGGCCUCACAUUCCAUCUGGGCUGACACAGGACGCGAGCGCUGCUCAUUCGCGGGCAUCCAUGCUUGAGGUUGAGGUGCACGACAAGAAGCAGAUCAUCGACUCGCUGAAGCGCGCACUCAAAGAAUCUCAGGAGCACGAGAAGCAGUUGGUGCAAGAGACGGUCAAAGAGUGGGAAGACAAGCUGCAGAAGCAAAAGGCCCACUACGAGGCCGGCGUUGAAAGGCAUCUGAGACUGGUGGACCGCCUGCUGAACGACAAGACGGAGCUCACCAAGCGCUGCGAGCUCUUCGCGGAGGAGCUGAAGGCGGUGGAGCGGAAGUUCCAGAUGAAGAUCGAGGAGAUGGAGGACCACGGCGCCAAGGAGCUCGCCAAGAACAAGCAGAACUGGAUCGCCACGGAGCGCAUGAAGCGGGAAUCCUGGGAAAAGGAGAAGGUGAAAGAGAUCAAGGAGAUGACCAUCAAGGGGCUGCAGCCAGAGGUGGAGCGAAUCUUGUCGGAGAGGAAGCAGGAUAAGGUGAGGAUGGAGGAGCGGCAGCGGGAGGCGCUGGAGGAGCAGCGGCGGGAGCUGAUGGACCUCUCCCAGCAGCAGCUGCGGGAGCUCAGGGACCAGAAGAACCGCGAGAUGGAGGAAGCCUUGGACCGGGAGCGCGAGACCCACCGCCGGAAGCUGCGGGAGGACUUCGAGCGCUUCAGUCGGGAGUUGCAGGAGGAGCGGCAGAAGUGCGCGCAGGACCUCACCUCUGAGCGGCGGCUGCGAGAGGAGCUGCUGCGCCAGGGGAGCGAGGGCUCGGAGCAGAAGCUGCGGGAGGCGCUGGCGGCGGAGCGCCAGCGUGGCCAGCAGCAAGUGCAGGAGGCGGAGCGGCUUUUGGCGGAGGCCAAGGCCAACUUUGGUGUCCAGCUGCAGCAGCUAGAGGAGCGCCUGCGUGCGGAGGCGAGGGCGGCCCAGCAGGUGGCCGACACCCGCAGCAAGGAGGAGCAGGAGCAGCGGGAAGCCGCGCUGAGGCAGCAGCUGAGCACGGAGCGGGAUCGGCAGCUGGAGGUUCUCAUGGAGCGCCUCAGCCGAGAGCACGCGGAGCAGAAGUUGGCCCAGGAGAAGGAGACCAAGGAGAGGCUGCAGGAGGCCCGAGCUGCCGCAGGAGAAGAAGCCGCUCGACUUGCCAAGGAAAUGGAGCAGACAAAGGGCGAGGUUGCCAUGAUCAUGGCACAAAAGAAACAGCAGGAGGAGCUUGUGCGGAGCCUGAAGGACCUGCAGGCAUCGGACACUGCGCGCAUGGGCGACCUCCAGAGAAGAUGUUCCGAGCUCGAGGCCGAGCGCGGCCAAUGGCACGCCGUCGCUGACAAGGCGGCGGCAAAGCACCAACAAGAGCUCCGGAGCCUGGAUGAGAUGAAGGAGAAGGAACUGGAAGACCUGCGCGAAGACCUGGGCCUCGCCCUGGCGCGCGUGAAGGAGGAGCAGGGAAAGCUGGCGGACCUGCAGGCGGACUCCAAGCGUCGAGAGGAGCAGAUCAUCGGGGAGUUGGAGGCAAAAGUCAAGAGAACUUUGCAAGCCAAGGACGAGACGAUUGCCGAGCUUCGCAAGCGUUGCUCUGCGUUGGACAACAAGGUUCAGGAAUUCAACUACCUGCUGGAGAGGCAACGAGAAGAGCUCGUGGGUGGACUGGUUCGGGACUCUCGUCGCUGA